UGCAGUGCCAACAGCGGACAGCCAUCGAAGCGAGCGCAAUCCGCCUCGGCAUUCCACCCUCCCUGGGGUGGUGACGGCAGGGAGGAGCAGAAAGGAACCAUGUUCCCAGCUCUCCCUUGCCCCUGGGUCCUUGUGGUCCUGGGCACCAGCUGGGCAGCCUGGGGAAACCUAGGGACUGAAGCAGCGAGGGUAAGACAGUUCUACGUGGCUGCUCAGAGCAUCAGCUGGAACUAUCACCCUGAGCCCACACACCCCAGUUCAAGCCCUUUUGCAACCUCCUUUAAGAAAAUUGUUUACAGAGAGUAUGAAGCAUAUUUUCAGAAAGAGAAACCACCAUCCAGAAUGUCAGGACUUCUUGGGCCUACUUUAUAUGCAGAAGUUGGAGACAUCAUGAAAGUUCACUUUAGGAAUAAGGCAGACAAGCCCUUAAGCAUCCAUCCUCAAGGAAUUAAGUACAGUAAAUUCGCAGAAGGUGCUUCUUAUCCUGACCACACAUUCCUUGUGGAGAAGAUGGAUGAUGCUGUAGCCCCGGGCCAAGAAUAUACCUAUGAGUGGAACAUCAGUGAGGACAGUGGGCCCACACAUAAUGACCCUCCAUGCCUCACACACAUCUAUUACUCCUAUGAAAAUCUCAUACAGGACUUCAAUUCUGGGUUGAUUGGACCUCUGCUUAUUUGUAAGAAAGGCACUCUAACUGAGGAUGGUAUUCAGAAGAUGUUUGACAAGCAAUAUGUAUUGAUGUUUGCUGUGUUUGAUGAAAGUAAAAGUUGGAACCAGUCAUCAUCCCUAAUGUACACAGUCAAUGGCUAUGUGAAUGGGACGAUGCCAGAUAUAACAGUUUGUGCCUAUGACCACAUCAGUUGGCAUCUGAUUGGAAUGAGCUCUGGGCCAGAACUGUUUUCCAUUCAUUUCAGUGGCCAGGUCCUGGAGCAGAACCAUCAUAAGGUCUCAGCCAUCACUCUUGUCAGUGCCACGUCCACUACUGCAAACAUGACUGUGAGCCCAGAGGGAAAGUGGCCCAUAUCUUCUCUCAUCCCCAAACAUUUUCAAGCUGGGAUGCAGGCUUACAUAGACAUUAAAAACUGUGCAAAGAAAACCAGGAAGCCUAAGAAACUAACUCGAGACCAGAGGCGGCACAUCAAGAGGUGGGAAUACUUCAUUGCUGCAGAGGAAGUCAUUUGGGACUAUGCACCUAUAAUACCAGCAAACAUGGACAAAAAAUACAGAUCUCUGCAUUUGGAUAAUUUCUCAAACCAGAUUGGAAAACAUUAUAAGAAGGUUGUCUACAAACAGUACCAAGAUGAGUCUUUCACCAAACGUCUGGAGAAUCCCAAUAACAAAGAAGAUGGAAUCUUGGGCCCUGUUAUCAGAGCCCAGGUCAGAGACACACUAAAAAUUGUGUUCAAAAAUAUGGCCAGCCGCUCCUAUAGCAUUUACCCUCAUGGAGUGACCUUCUCUCCUUACGAAGAUGACGUCAACUCGUCCUCCACCUCAGACAAUAACACCAUGAUCAGAGCAGUUCAGCCAGGGGAAACCUAUACUUAUAAGUGGAACAUCCUAGAGUCUGAUGAACCCACAGAGAAUGACGCUCAGUGCUUAACAAGACCAUACUACAGUAACGUGGACAUCACAAGGGACAUUGCCUCUGGUUUGAUAGGGCUACUUCUCAUUUGUAAGAGCAGAUCCUUGGAUAAGCGAGGCAUACAGAGGACAGCAGACAUUGAGCAGAAGGCUGUGUUUGCUGUGUUUGAUGAGAACAAGAGCUGGUACAUUGAGGACAACAUUUACAAGUUUUGUGAAAAUCCUGAGAAGGUGAAACGUGAUGACCCCAAGUUUUAUGAGUCAAACAUCAUGAGCACUAUCAAUGGCUAUGUGCCUGAGAGCAUACCCACACUAGGAUUCUGCUUUGAUGACACUGUCCAGUGGCAUUUCUGCAGUGUGGGAAAUCAGAAUAACAUUUUGACCAUUCACUUCACUGGGCACUCAUUCAUCUAUGGAAAGAGGCACGAGGACACCUUGACUCUAUUCCCCAUGCGUGGAGAAUCUGUGACUGUCACAAUGGAUAAUGUUGGAACUUGGAUGUUAACUACCAUGAAUUCCAAUCCAAGAAACAAAAAACUACAGCUGAAAUUCAGGGAUGUUAAGUGUAUCCGGGAUGAUGACGAGGACUCAUAUGAGAUUAUAUAUGAACCUUCAUCAUCUACAACCCUGACUACAAGGAAAAUGCAUGAUUCUUCAGAAAACAAAGAGGAAGAGAAUGACGAUGAAUAUGAUUACCAGGACCUACUAGCUUCAGUAUUAGGAAUUAGGUCAUUCAGAAAUUCAUCAUUAUAUCAGGAGGAUGAUGAGUUCAAUCUUACCGCCCUAGCUCUGGAGAACAACUCUGAAUUCAUUCCUCCAAGUACUGAUAGAGCUGUUGAUUCAAAUUCUUCUUCCCCAGGUAACAUUAGCAGGGCUCCUGCCAAUACCUUUACAGAACCUCAGAAAAUUCUUCCUCACCCAGAAGCUACCAAAGCUGGUUCCCCCCGGAGACACACUGGCUUAGUUAAGAACUUAGUCCUCAACCGUCGAAGAACACAGCAUUCCGACCCUUAUUCUGAAGACCCUAUAGAAAAUCCUCUUCAGUCAGUUAUCACAGGGAUAAGCCUGCUUCCAUUUGGUACAGAAGGAUUCAGAAAUCGAGAACAUCCUAAACAUAAAAGAUUCAAGGCAGGAAGAGACCAAGCAGCAAAGCAUAGGUUCUCCCAGAUGGAAUUCCCAGCACAUAAAACUGGGAGACAUAUAAGCCAAGACAACUCUUCUUCUUCCAGUAUUGGGCCCUUGGAGGACCUGUCCAGUGAUCUGUUACUCUUAGAAAGAAAGGAUCCAUCUACUAUUAAUGGGAAGUGGCAUUUGGUUUCUGAGAAGGGCAGUUAUGAAAUAGUCCAAGAUGCUGAUGAAGACAUGGCUGUUAAUAAGUUGCCAAACAACCCCCAGAAUGCCUCAAGGUCUUGGGGAGAAAACAUCCCUUUUACAAACAAGCAUGGAAAGCAGAGGGGCCAUCCAAUUUUUGUAACUAGACAUAAACUUCUACAAGAAAGACAGGAUGAAGGAAAUAGUAUAUUGAAGAAAGGCCGUUUUUUUAUUAGGACUCGAAGAAAGAAAAAGGAACGAAAGCCUGUACACCAUGUUCCUCUAUCUCCAAGGAGUUUUAAUCCUCUGAGAGGGGAGGCUAACACCCCAUUUUCAGAUAGGAGACAAAAUCAUUCAUUGUUACUCCAUGAGUCCAAUGAAACAUUUCCUCCCACAGACCUCAAUCAAACAUUCCCCUCUAUGAAUCUUAGCCUGAUAGCCUCACAUCCUGACCAUAAUCAGAACCUCCCAAAUGACACCCAUCAGACAAGCUCCCCUCUAGAUCUUUAUCAGACAGUGACCCCAGAUGAACCCUAUCAAACAGCCCCUAUUCAAGACUUGGACCCAACACACUCCACUGCAGUCCCCAGUCACCAAUCUUCUCUUCCAGAGCCCAUCCAGAUGCACGACUAUGACCUAAGAAACAAGGCCUCCCCCACUGAUGUUAGUGAGAUGUUCUUUUCCUUGAAACUUAAAGCGGGGCAUAGAACCACCUCUCCAGACCUCAAUCAACCAUCCUUCUCUCCAGAACUCAGCCAGACAACCCUUUCCCCAGACCCUGGCCAUGUGACCCUCUCCCAAGACCUUAGCCAGACAACCCUCUCCCCAGACCUUAGCCAUACGACCCUCUCCCCAGACCUUGGACAUACGACCCUCUCCCCAGACCUUAGCCAUACGACCCUCUCCCCAGACCUUAGCCAGACAACCCUCUCCCCAGACCUUAGCCAUACGACCCUCUCCCCAGACCUUGGACAUGCGACCCUCUCCCCAGACCUUAGCCAUACGACCCUCUCCCCAGACCUUGGACAUGCGACCCUCUCCCCAGACCUUAGCCAUACAACCCUUUCCCCAGACCUUGGACAUACGACCCUCUCCCCAGACCUUGGACAUACGACCCUCUCCCCAGACUUUAGCCAGACAACCCUCUCCCCAGACCUUGGACAUACAACCCUCUCCUCAGACCUUAGCCAUACAACCCUUUCCCCAGACCUUAGCCAUACAACCCUUUCCCCAGACCUUAGCCAUACAACCCUUUCCCCAGACCUUGGACAUACGACCCUUUCCCCAGACUUUAGCCAGACAACUCUGUCCCCAGACCUUGGCCACAUGACCCUUUCCCCAGACCUUAGCCAUACAACCCUUUCCCCAGACCUUGGACAUACAACACUUUCCCCUGACUUUAGCCAUACAACCCUCUCCCCAGACCUUGGCCAUAUGACCCUUUCCCCAGACCUUGACCAGACAACCCUCUCCCUAGACUUUGGCCAAACAACCCUCUCCCCAGACCUUAGUCAUAUGACCCUUUCCUCAGAACUCAGCCAUGAGACUGUCUCUCCAGAUCUAAGCCACGUGACCCUUUCCCCAGACCUUAGGGAGAUACCAUUUUCCCCAGACCUUCGCCAGGCAACUCUCUCUCCAGACAUCAAUGAGACAACUCUUUCUCCUGAUCUCAGGCAGACCUCACCUCAUCUAGACCCUGAUAAGACAUCCUACAUUUCUGAAUCUAGUCAGUCAGUGACUCUUCCAGAAUUUGGUCAGACUUCCCCUUUUCCAGAUCUUGGUCAGAGGCCAUCUCCUCCAUCACAUUCUACAUUAAAUAAUACUUUUAUACCAAGGGAAUUUAAUCCAAUGGUUGUGGUAGGUCUCAGUAGAGAUGAUGGAGAUUACGUUGAGAUUAUUCCAAGGCAGCAGGAAGAGAACAGUGAAGAAGACUAUGUCAAAAUUGAUUAUGUGGAGUAUGAUGACCCAUACCAAACUGAUGUUAGGACGGACAUUAACUCCUCCAGAAAUCCUGACAACAUUGCCGCAUGGUACCUUCGCAGCAACAAUGGAAACAGAAGAAAUUAUUACAUUGCUGCUGAAGAACUAUCCUGGGAUUAUUCAAAAUUUACACAAAGGGAAGACAUCGAUGAUGUUCCAGAGCACACCAUAUACAAGAAAGUGGUUUUUCGAAAGUACCUUGAUAGCACUUUUACCAAACUUGAUCCUCGUGGGGAGUAUGAAGAGCAUCUUGGCAUCCUUGGUCCUAUUAUUAGAGCUGAGGUAGAUGAUGUUAUCCAAGUUCGUUUUAAAAAUUUAGCAUCCAGACCAUACUCUCUUCAUGCCCAUGGGCUUUCCUAUGAAAAAUCAUCAGAGGGAAAGACUUACGAAGAUGAUUCUCCUGAAUGGUUUAAGGAAGACAAUGCUGUUCAACCAAACAGCAGUUAUACAUAUGUCUGGCAUGCCACUGAGCGAUCGGGGCCAGAGAGUCCUGGCUCUGCCUGUAGGGCAUGGGCCUACUAUUCAGCAGUGAACCCGGAAAAAGAUAUCCAUUCGGGCCUGAUAGGGCCCCUUCUGAUCUGCCGAAAAGGAACACUGCAUAAGGAGAACAAUAUGCCUGUGGACAUGAGAGAAUUUGUCCUACUUUUUAUGGUCUUUGAUGAAAAGAAGAGUUGGUACUAUGAAAAGAAGUUCACAAGGUCUUGGAGACUCACAUCAUCAGAAGUAAAAAACUCCCAUAAGUUUCAUGCUAUUAAUGGAAUGAUCUACAACUUGCCUGGCCUGAGGAUGUACGAGCAAGAGUGGGUGAGGUUGCACUUGCUGAACUUAGGCGGCUCCCGAGACAUUCAUGUGGUUCACUUUCAUGGCCAGACCUUGCUGGAAAAUGGCACUCAACAGCACCAGUUAGGGGUCUGGCCCCUUCUGCCUGGAUCAUUUAAAACUCUUGAAAUGAAGACAUCAAAAGCUGGCUGGUGGCUCCUAGACACAGAAGUCGGAGAAAACCAGAGAGCAGGGAUGCAAACACCAUUUCUCAUCAUAGACAGAGAAUGUAAGAUGCCAAUGGGACUAAGCACUGGUCUCAUAGCUGAUUCACAGAUCAAGGCUUCUGAGUUUUGGGGACAUUGGCAACCAAAAUUAGCAAGAUUAAACAAUGGUGGAUCAUAUAAUGCUUGGAUUACAGAUAAAUUUUCAGGAGAAUCUAACUCUAAACCUUGGAUUCAGGUAGACAUGCAAAGGGAAGUCGUAUUCACAGGGAUCCAGACCCAAGGUGCCAAAUAUUACCUGAAGUCCUACUACACCACUGAGUUCAAUGUGGCUUACAGCUCUGACCAGAGAAACUGGCGGAUCUUCAAAGGGAACAGCACAAAGAACGUGAUGUAUUUUAAUGGCAAUUCAGAUGCCUCUACAAUAACAGAGAAUCAGUUUGAUCCACCUGUUGUGGCUAGAUACAUUAGGAUCUCUCCAACUGAAUCCUAUAACAAACCUGCCCUUCGAUUGGAGCUGCAAGGUUGUGAGGUUAACGGAUGCUCCACACCGCUGGGUAUGGAAAGUGGAAAUAUCAAAAACGAGCAAAUCACAGCUUCCUCAUUUAAAAAAUCUUGGUGGGGAGAUUACUGGGAACCCUUCCGUGCCCGUCUCAAUGCCCAGGGCCGUGUGAAUGCCUGGCAAGCCAAGGCAAACAACAACAAUCAGUGGUUACAGAUUGAUCUGCUCAAAAUCAAGAAGAUAACUGCAAUUACAACCCAGGGUUGCAAGUCCCUGUCCUCUGAAAUGUACGUGAAGAGGUACACCAUCCAGUAUAGUGACCGAGGAGUCGAAUGGAAGUCUUACAGGGAGAAAUCCUCGAUGGUAGACAAGAUUUUUGAAGGAAAUAAUAAUAUCAAAGGACAUGUGAAGAACUUUUUCAACCCACCAAUCAUUUCCAGGUUUAUACGCAUCAUUCCUAAAAUGUGGAAUCAAAGUAUUGCACUUCGCCUGGAACUCUUUGGCUGUGAUAUUUACUAGAACUGAAUAUUCAAAAAGACAGGAGGGACUCAAAGAUAUCAGAGUGGGCAAUUUAUCUUGUAGCUAUUUUAAAUAUUAAAAUUUUUCCAUUAUUUCCCUUUUUUCUAUUAGAGAAUAAAAUUUUCUAUGUGAAAUCUUUAUGAUAUAGCUCCUUAUAACCACUGAGAUGAUGACUAUUGUUUCUGC